AUGCUCCCCAACUACAACAACCACUGGCAAGAAGCCAGAAAUAGAAACACUAAUCGUCAACCAAACCAACAUCACGUACCCUACAACGGCCCUGUCUUCCAUCGACCUCUACCACCUACCAAUCGCCGACCACCAACCAACCCAUCCAGCUAUAUCCCACUAUAUCGCCGACCUACCUACAACACAGCCUACCAAUCAAGAGGUAACCAUCGACCUGACCAACAACAGAAACGACUACCAGCCCACCGACGCCAACCAGUCCCCACUCAUAAGGAGGAAGAACCCUUUGUGAAGGUGUUCUUGCAAGUUUUGCAGUGCCUCCAUCAUUUGGCAAUCCUUACCCUUCAACAGCAAGGCCAACCAGCGUUUACCUUCAAACGCAAAGUCUCUGAGUUGGAUAGUUUUAUCCGUCCAGCAAUGAAAACAUCAGCCGUCGACGCGAAUAUUAGAUCCCUCAAUCGGACAUGGCUCUGUAAGGUUACGCAGGUCCUGAUCGACCAUUACCAAACCACACUUCAAGAGAAGCUGACCACCAUUCGUACCAAGUCUUUAUCAUCACCUGCCGUCGACCGCAUCGUUUCUCAUGCCCUGUCCUGGGCCCGUCGCUCCUAUGGGAAACGUCUCACUCAAGCUGUAAUUUCCAAAUUCUACCAAACAAUCAACGAAACAAAAACCAGAGUAACCAUAUCUCUACCAACUGAAAUGGACACUACACCUGCACCAUCUAGAGCUACCACGCUGCCGAACCACACCCCUAAACGAGCCCGAAGUUCACCUACUCCUAGUCCAGCAGACAUAGGUAAACGCUCUCGUAGAGAGGGCACACCCCUUCUCUUUUCACUUUCAGACUCGUCUUCCCCUUCCACACCAUCUGAAUCUUCACCACGUGAUCCAGGAUCCGCCAACCUUUCUUCCUUCUGUGCGUUUUUGGACCAGCAAACCACCCCUCAGUCUCCAUCCAAGUCGAGACAUGUAUCCAGACCUUCCCCUCCUCGAACCAGAUCCCAGUCCGUUCCCAAUGCUACAAUUCUAACAACUACCAAACCAGUACCAAUCACACCAUCGACGACCAUUAUAUCCGCUACCAAACCGUAUUAUCACCAAACCAAGGACAAAUCAUUAUGGAAACUACCUGCUCUAAAGAAAUCAACCUUAAUAAUUGGAUCAUCUAACCUGAAUCGAAUUACCAAACCAGUUCGGACACCGAAAUACAUUCUUACCCCGGUGCCCAAAUCCAUCACAUACAGUCAAUCCUGGAAUCAUACGACCAUGAUCCCAAACCUACUACCAUUAUUCUUCAUGUAG